AUGGGCGAUAUCGUCGAUAUCAGCACAAAGAGUCUUUUGGAGCUGUUGGAGCCACCGGCUCCGUCUGUAGAGGAGACGGGAGAGGUGUUGGAUGCCGCUUCGUCGUUGCUUGAUAUCAGCUCUACCGAUGGCCGCAGACUCUGGCAGACGCUCUUCGAGGAAGAGAUGCCAGAAGUCAGACCUCCCGAAGAAGAAAAAAAAGACCACAUGGCUCGAAAGAUCGAAAUAAGGAAGGCGCGCAACAAGCAGCAUGCUUACAAUCAUAGGAGGAGGAACGCAGAGAAGAUGAGACGAUUGAUGUCCGAGAACGAGUCUCUGCGUGCAGAGAUCGCCGGUGACGAGAUGCUGGUGAUAGACCGCAAUCGUCCUUGGCUGGAGGACGCUCCGCGAAAAUACGUGCAUACAUACAAGAAAAAGCCGGCCGUCACGUACGAUGUCUCCGUGGCUCUUCACGUUAAGAAAGCUUACCCCGACGUGCACGUGGACAUGAUCAUGCCCGAUGAUGCUUCGCCUGCUAGGCUGCGCAAGAACGACAUGAAUUUUCUCCUCAUCUUCGACAUCGUGGACUCGUGGCAUUCCAAGACCACCGAGGCCAGGAAGAGUUUCGUGAAGGCCAUCACGGAGGCCGAUAAUGUCUUUCCUAGCGGAUACUAUCAACGACUCGUGGCACACAAGAAUCUAUACUACGAUUACCUGCGCAAAGCGGGUAUACCAGUCGCCGACUUUCUCUAUUUCUCAUCGAGCGAUUACAAAAAGGGCGGUGCAGAAGGUGUCAUUCGGACCCUCCGGCGUCAGAUGAAGGCGAAGAAGUGGAAGGACUUCGUGGCGAAGCUCGUGCUCGGACAGGGCUCGGCCGACUUCAAGUUCUUUCCUGCCAGCGUGGAAGACCACAGGCUCGCGGGAUACCUCGAGAAAAUCUUCAAGGUGGGAUACCCAGGAGUAAUCUUCCAGGUCAUUAUCGAGGGCUUCGCCGACGACACCCCCGAAUUCCGUCAGUUCUACGUAGGGAGCGAUUACGUUUAUAGCAUGAUUACCGACGAGCAGCACGAGGACGAGAGACAGCCAAAGAGCGAAGGAGGGUCUUUCCCGGAUAACAAGCAAUUGAGGGAUGCGCGUCGACUGGGAGAAGAGGUCAUCAAGAAGCUGCCGCCGCAGUUCACCGUGGGCAAAAUCGCAUUACCGCGGCUCCUCACCCGAGUGGACGUGGGCUGUUGCGUGAAUGGAAAGAUGUUUUGCAGCGAGGUAGAGUACGUGCCGAGCCUCUUCAUCAACAGCGUAAAGAAGCUGAAGAUAGACGCCGAGCUCGCCGAACAGGCCGUGGCUAUCACGCGCGAAUUCCUUCGAUUGAAACAAAAAUAA